AUGCGUUCAACGGAUGGCGUUCUGAAAAGAAUGCGUGCCGAUGACAAUGAGAUCAAUGAUGAGAUUGAAGCCGCCAUUAUCGUCGCUAGAAACCUUGGCAUAGAGCCAAUGGCCGACUUUUCCAGACUGCACCGACUCAGAAGACGGUCACGCCGUUUAAACGACAAUCCUUCAACAGCUACACCAUUGCUUAAUGAUAUAACGGCCUUUUACAGAUGCGAAUUUUUCAAGUUUAUAGACUCUCUUAUAUCAACGUUAGGAGAGAAAUCUCAGUCCCUCACGAAUGUAUUUCAACCAUUCCUGAAAGUCAUUGAUCCAGACACGCCUGGUAGCUUGGACGAUGCGAGAGCAUUGGUGGCUGCAUUACCUUCGGUAUUUUCGCAAGACACCUUCGCCACUUUGCACAACGAAUUCAAAGUCUUUGAACAUCUCCAUCAAAGAGUCCAAGGGGAAUUCCAUACAGAUGACAAGCAACCAUGUCGAAUCACAAGAGCCGCCAACAUCGCCUUAUCGUUAGCUAGCAAGCACGGUUUAUUCAAACUCGUUUCAAGAGUUUACCAGCUUUUCCUCACAGCUGCGCCGUCUGUUUGUAAAAAUGAGAGAUCUUUCAGCGCAUUGAGAAGAAUCAAAAACCACCUUCGCAGCACCAUGGGUACGACACGACUAAAUGAUUGCAUGUUGCUUGCAGUAGAACGAAAUUUAACACAUGACAUUGAUUUGAAGAAGUUAGCGGUGAAGUGGUCCCUACUAAAAGACAGAAGGGAGAAACUAUAAAUUUAAUAAACUGAGUAUAUUUAUCAUUUAUAGACCCUCCGCUCGUGGGAUUCGGCGAAAUAUUACCCGAAGUGAUGAUAUAAAUAUCAUUACUGAGGGUAAUAUUUCGCCGAAUCCCCCGAGCGGAGGGUCUAUAAAUGAUAUAUUAUUCCGAAAAUUAAAAUCCUCCAAGUUGAGAAUUAAAAACUUGACACAUGCCUUCGUGAAUACGAUGUUUUAUUUUCGGAUUAACGCAAGUAUCGUCCCUUUUCUUUCGAAUCGCAUAUCGUUUGGAAUAUUAAUGACAACAUUUUUCAAAAUUUGCUUCAAAAUUUUGAAAAAGCCCCAGGUUUUACGUUUAAAAUUUGAUUAUUCAUCACUCAUUAAUACUAUUUAUAUUUUGUCGGCCAUGUUGUUGUUAUGCGUGGCGUGUUGUCUCGCGUGUCUACGCGAAUAAUGUUCCACCCCAUGUUCCCCGGGGAACAUGGGGUGGAACAUUGUCAAAAAGAACGCAGGCUCGCUAAUUGAUGACGUACGGCGUGAUAUCGCGAUUAAUUUCAUGCUCACUUGGCACAAACUAAACUUCCUGAUUAGACAAUUUGAAUUUGAGGUAUAAUAUUAGUAUAUAAACUAUUAUUAACAUUUAAAUUUGUCGAGUUUUGUUACGCGAGGGACACGCGUGUCCAAACUUUAAGUGACUCGGGAACACUCGGAAACAUAUUAUCAAACACGUUGUCAAGGCGUUGGUAAAAUCAUGUUUAUGCUAGCUUUAUUUCAAUAUUUGUCGGGAAAUAUUUUCAGGUAAAAUGUGAUAUGGUAAAAAAAUCAGGUAGAUCAACCUGUUUCACCCCCAAUAAACAGUGUUCGGGACGGCCCUGACUACUGUAACCCUUGUUUCAAUGCUGCACCAAUGGCUACAAGCUGCUGAUCAAACUGGUAACUUGGUUCGCAUGGUACUGUUUGAUUUCCGAAAAGCAUUUAAAAAGCAUUUGAUCAUAAUCAACUGGUUCUUAAAUUGAAAUCCCUCGAAAGCUAAUUGGAUUAUCGAUUUCCUAAUUAAUCGGAAGCAAAGGGUUAAAUUAAACAAUGGUUGUUUCUCCGACUGGAGUAACGUUCUCUCAGGGGGUACCACAAGGAACAAAGCUUGGCCCGUGGCUGUACAUUUUAAUGAUCAACGACUUAACUGCACCAACAACAACAUCUUGUUGUUGUUGUUGGUGUAGUUAAGUGUUGAUCAAAGUCUGUGGAAAUAUGUGGACGACACAACCUUGUCUGAAACAAUUUCUAAAAAAGAUCAAAGUCGUAUCCAGGAAUCAGUUGACGCAGUACAAGCGUGGGCAAUUUCGAAUAUGGCUGAAUUAUCCCUACCGCAGUACCUGAGUUCAGAUAUCGAAAGGAUCCAAAGACGGUGUUUAAGAAGGAUAUUUGCUGAAAGCUCUUUAUGAAGAGGCGCUCGAAUUAGCCAAUCUAGAAACCUUACGAAACAGAAGAGAAGCAGCAUGUAAAAAACAUUUCCUUCAAGCACACUUGGAUACCAAGCAUAAACUACAUCAAAUGAUCCCAGAAGAAAACGGGUGUACAUAUCCCUUAAGGAAAUGUCAUAAAUUUCUAGUCCCUAAGUUUCGAAAAGAACGUUUUAAAAACUCCUUCAUUAUAUCUAAUAGUAUAAGUGUAUAAAUUCUUAACUUUAUUUCGUGUCAAUUAUAGCCUAUAGUUUUUAUUGUAAAUAUAGUUAUUUCUUUGCAUGAAAUAAUUCAAUUGUAAAUACUCGUAAGCAAUUCAGUUAUACAACUGUAAUUUACCAACUAUGUAUCAACACGGAAAAUAUUUAUAUUUGUUAAAUAUCAUAUAUCAUAUAGUUAUUAAACUAAACCUUGUAUAUUUUAAAUCUUGACAAUUGUUCAGAAUCGUUCUCUUUCUAGGACCCUGAUGGAAAAAUAAUAAAGAAGUACAACUUAUCUCAGUAAGUGCCAGGUUACGUCAGCCUAUACGUGGCUGCGUAUACAUAAUACAUUCAUCAUCUUUGCAGAUAGCACGGUUAAUUCCAAAGCAUACAAUAUACUGUAUAGUUUGUUUCAGUGUAAUACGAAACGUGUACGUAUGGAAAGUUUUGUCUUGUAAGUGGUUAUUUUGAAUCAAUGUUAACUAACUAAAGCUUGGAAUGAACUUUUAUUGAAUAUUCUUCUCACUUCCGAGUUUCGAAAACAGAAAAAGACACCACAAUUAAAAGCAGGACAUUUUGAAAGAAAAACUUACCGUGUAUGAAUCUGGGAGAAAUACAAUUGUAAUACAAAAUGAUUUCAAAAAUGUAUCACAAGGCUUGUUUCAAUAGCUUUUUGCCGAACUUAAUACAAAACAGACGAAGUUUGAAUCAUAUAUUUUUGACGUUUUUGGUUAUGCAUGAAUAAUAUGAUCGUGAUUAAUGAUAAUUUUUAAACUUUUUUAUAGUUUUCGCAACUUAUUUCUUGCUGGAGAACAUUGUGACAAUGACACUUUGAAAUGGGCAAGUAAUGUCAUGAAGUGUCCCGUGUUGGAUCACUGGUGGCAGACAGGUUAGUACAGAGUUUUAUCAGUAUAUGAAAUAGUAUGGUUUCGAGUGCAGUUUGAAAAAAAAAAUACAUGCACGAUUGCGCACUGGUGAGUUUAUCAAAGAAGAAACCAUUCAAACCAUACCAUUACUUUUCAACGAUAUACAUGAAAAAUCAUGCAGAAGCAAAUUCAUAGUCACUUGCAUGCAUAAAACACGUGCGAAAUAAGUAAUUUAUUCACCACACUGGAAUAUUUUUUUCAAAAUUCUUACUAUGGAUAUAGUAUGGAUCUUAGUUAAAAAUAGUAUGGAAAUCCAAUUUUCAUACUGCAAUUUUCAUACUAUGAAAUAGUAUGGAUAUACUGUGGAUUUAGUUAUGCAUUCACAAGUUCCAUUGUAUGAAUUUCAGUAUUUUUUCCAAUGCCAUUUGAGUAACACAACGACUUUAAACAAGUUUAUAAACUUGUUUAAAGUCGUUGUUGUAUACAACCACAUAUUAGUUUUUAGUACUGAUACUGAUUUACUUUGAAUUCACUGUAUUAAGAUAAAAUUGUACUACUCUUAGCCAAUCAGAAUCGAGUAAAUUUUUUAUGUAUAUUAAUCGAAAUCGUCCGAUUAAUCGAAAAUCAUAGAUAAUACUGUAUGCACCUAUGAUAAGAUUCAACAAUUUGUAUGCCAUUUCAGUUAGAUUAUGCAUUUCGAUAAUAUUAAGUAUACAAAAUAUUCCUUGUUGCCGCACACUAAAUAUAUUCAUGAUUAUGUUUAUACAUCAAGGCCUUUAUGUAUAUUUAUUCGCUUUUUAUUGUUUUUAGCCAGUUUAUAUAGCAGUUGUUCAGAUUAGACAGACGUAGAAAAUGUGUAGAUGUGACAGCUUAAUAUCUAUUGACUCGUAACAGGUACUAAUUUAGCGUACUUUUUAAAAUUUUGUUUGUUUCAAAUUAUCACGUUUAAAAAUUCCAUCAUUUUCUUUGAUGUUUCACCAUGAACAUUUUCCUAGAUCUAUCUAUUAUAAUCUGUAUUGAGUACUGUAAAAGGUUUCAUUUUGUGAAUCAAAAUGUUUCUCUCAUUCUUACCAAUUCGUCAGACAUGCAAAGGAAUUUAGUACUUAAUUGGAAUAUAAUAUAUAAAUAAGUAUGCUAAUAUGAUUUGUCAAUUGAAAUUCCUUUCAGUUUCGUAAUAUUGUUGAGGUAAUUGUUUAAACGAGCUGCUAUAUUAUAUUAAAGUUAUAUUCAAAUAUCGUAUGCAAGUGUAAUAAUUACAACGCAGCCGUACUGUAUAAAUUUUCUCUUUUGAGUCCUAUCGACUCCUAUAAAUAUUUAAUGUCUGACCAAAAGAUAGGUUGGCCUGACAUAUUAAUUGUCAGAGCUGGUGUUCAGAAUUAUAUUGAACGCAGCCGAGGAUAAUUAUGGUUUAUCUCUUUUAAGUUGUGCUUUCUGUAUCCUCUGUUUAUGGAAUGGAAGUAAUAUAUAUUCUCAUACGGAAAAUUGCCCAAAAUGAUGGGUAAGGCCUUGUCGCAUGGUGUGAGAAAGGCUAAUUACAGUUGCAUGCUGUUCCAUAUGAACGCUAUAUAUAACUGAGCUGUUAUUAAGAAAAAAUCGUGAGAAUUAAGACGUCAAUUAAUUGACACAAAUUGGUUUAAAUCUCCUUUACCCAAAGCCUUAGUGUCGUUUAUUCAAAACAUUAUUAUAUUUCAUUAUUUUAUUUUUAGAAACUGGUUGGCCAAUUACAGCUCAUUCGGUAGGACUUGGAGACGUGGCUACCGAACACUUGCAAACCACCGGAAGACCGGUUCCUGGUUACAAUGGUAUUUCUUGAAACUUUUUCCAUUUUGACUUUAUGUUACCACUUUAUCUGAAAACGAGGACUAUAGUUAGUACAUCUGCUCUGCAUUAAUGAAGCCAAUGAUGGCAAUAUUUGCAUGUGUGACAACCGCAAAUGUGUAUGGUGGUGUUGAAACGAGAAGACGUUCUUACAAUUUCUGCAUGGUUAUUAGUGGAGAAGGAUCGAAGCAGAUUAACAUGGCCUUUUAUACACACGUAAAAAUCUAACAACUUGUCAACAAGAUGUGUUCGCAACAGGGUUGUAGCAGACUUGUCAACAAGUUGUAAAAAUGUUGUUAGUUUGUCAAAUUGUUAAAGGUUGUCACUCACAACUUGUUAACAAGUUGUUGAAUUGCAGUUGGAAUUGCAAUUUGUUGGAACAAAUCUGUUGAGUACAACAACCUUGUCGUAAGUUGUCAACAAGUCGUUGACAACUUGUCAACAAGCUGGGAACAAGCAGUGCGACCACAUCUUGUUGACAAGUUGUUGGAACAGCAUUGCUACAAGUCUGCUGCAUAUUUGUUACAAGUUGUGCGUUUUUACGUAUGUAGGUGACACCAAUAUAGCCUUCUGGAUCUCAUUGUCCAUAGAUUUGAGACUUUCUAAAAUUCAUUCAAAGAGGUGUGGAAUCUAUAGGUCAAUGUUUUUCAAAAAAUUGUUGCAAAACUAAAAAUUAGUUAAUUGAUUUCAAAAGAACCCGCUCUCCAGACGUCGUUUUGAGAUGAGUGAUCCUAUAACAUACCAUAGUCUCACGUUUUUAUUCUGCAUGUUAAUAUCCAGAAGCAGUAUUCGUUGAAAUACUUUUUCAAAUAUCAAGAUUUUUGUGACAUCUCACUCGAAUGAAUAAUACUUGAUGGGUAUAUUGUGGAUGGAAAUUGUCUAGUGGAAAUUUAUAUACAUUUAUUACACCUAACUAGGAACAGAAGCGAAAAAUGUAACUUUAAGUCCCUGGCAGGAAUUGAACCUGCGCCCCUGCGAUUCGGGUGUGGCUUUCUAACCAACUACAGAGGUUAGUUGUCGAACUUUAACCACAAGUUCAUGUAUAUAUACUAGGGUACUGCCAUGUAUAGGUUAUGGGUAAAUAUCAAAAUUUUUGUGGCAUCUCACUGGACAAUUUCCAUUCGACAAUUUACAUCUACAAUACCCAUCAAAUAUUUUUAUAUUAAAGACGAAAAAAAGAAGAGCAAGUUUUCCUUGACGAGUUUACUUGUUCGUGUGCAUGACAAAUGUGAUUUUAACAAUUUCAUUAUAAUUUUUGUUCAAAGCUGCUUCCAACAAAAUUAAAAGCAGAUGAAACUCUCUGCGAUAUUACACUUCAAAAGCGAAUCUUAAUGGCAAUGACCGCUCCAAGACGUCUGCGCAUUGAUGUACUGCGCAACUUGUCGACUUUUCCUUGACGGCCGUACACAUAACAUUUUUGAAAAGUUCGCACGACACCUUGUCUAGGAAACACAAGCCGUACACACAAACCUUUUUGACGGCCGUACACACAACCUUUUUGAAAAUUUCGCACGACGUCUUGUCUAGGAAACACAAGCCGUACACACAAACCUUUUUGACGGCCGUACACACAACCUUUUUGAAAAGUUCGCACGACACCUUGUCUAGGAAAGCUUGCUCGUAGCCUAGUAGGCUACUCGUAAGUUGUUGAGUUUAAGCUUGAGUUUUUGUAAUUGAGUAAAUGAUGAUGUAUAUUUUUGAAAUGGAAUUUUCUAGUUCGUGUCAUCAAACCAGAUUUGACAUCUUGCAAAAAAGGAGAAAUUGUCAUUCGGUAAAGGAAUAUGUAUUGUGUAUCAGAAAGUUGAGAUGGAUUGGGAUUCAACUGCCUGAAAAAUACAGAUAAAACGUCUACGUUUAGAGCGAAAGCCCUUCGUGGGGAAGUUAGUGACGAAGGGCCUUCGCUCGAAACGUCGAAGUUUUACUUCGAAGAAUUCCUAUCCAUCUCUAUUUCCUGGUGUUUUUGGUGCUACUGUAUCGACGCUGGUACAGAUGGUUUGAGUUUAUAUGUAUAAUUGUCUAUAUCAUGAUUUUAACAUAAUGCAGCGUUCGUUUUUCGUCCUUCGUGUAUGGUUGAUUCAAACACUUUUAAAAAUAUUUUACACUUUAGCAUAUUAUCCUGCACUGACGCACCUAGGAUUAAUUUGGGGGACCUUUUCGAGCUGGGAUCCGUGGAAACCUCCCCCCGCCUCCCGUCCUGUUGGCGGCCUUGCCCAGAGUAAAAUGUUUUAAUAUCUUUAAUAUCUUAUAUUUAGGCUUCCAUUACCACCUGGAGUUGCAUCUACUCUUUGGAAAAAUGACAAGAGGUUUCUUGAAAGUUAUUUUGAAAAAUAUCCGGUAAUAAACCGAUUUUUGCAUUGUCUACAUGUUUUUUCUACGUUGACAAUUGCGAAUGGUGAAUUUCUCAUUCAUUUUAAUUAUAAUUUAGCCCUUGCAUCUAACGUCACAACACACACGGCUGGUAGUGCCGGAACUAUAAAAUGGGCCUUUUGGAUGUAACAAACAUUCCAUCAAGGCAUCGCAGGCUCAGGGUACAGUCUGACAGUGACCUAUGUUCAGUUUCAAAACGACAGCCAUUCAUUGAGUGGGCAGAAUACCAAAACUUUGAACUGGUAUGGGGUCCGUGCUGAUAUUGUGCCUAUUUUGUGCGUAUAUUAUGUCGCCGACCAUAUUCUAUUUGCUUUAUUUUGCUCACAUGAUGAUAUUGGAUACCUAGAAAAUUCUAGGAUAUGAGCAUAAUUCACUUCAUUUGAAGAAAUGAUUUAUGAGUACGAGAUGUCAUUUCAAAAGCUUGGAGUGCACAGUGUGUGAACUCCUUACAGCUCACUCCAGGACAGAGGAUUACAACAAGCAAACGAUUGAUUUUAGUAAAGUAAAUAGUAUUAUAUAAUAACAGUGAAACACGCGAUUUGAUUGGUCAACAGCUGUGCAGCAUCAGACAAUCCUGCACGGGAAAUUCUGAACAGAAAUUCUUGCACAUAAUUUUACAAAUAUACUCGCAUUGUAAAGUUUCAUUGUACGGUACCUUUCGACUUUGAAGUACGUUUGCAAUUAUUGAGACGUUGGUUUAGUUGUAUGAAUAAAUUUCUGAUCGAUACAUUGCUAUUCAGCAAGUAGCAACGCGUAGCGUUGAAAUUCAUCUGACCAUGGCAUGCAAGUAUAACAUCUCUCGCUUCAAAGUUGAUCAAACGGUUCGCAAUCUUCACAUAUUCAGGUCGAAAAUCUUUAAAACUACUUUGGCUCUCUGUUUAGCAGGUUUUCCAUUUUAAAAUUCGUAUAUUUUAUCGAAAAAGUCCCUGUAUUUUCGCUGUAUAUUUUCGCGAAUUUGCGAUCAAAUUCUGUUUUCACAUAUGUUGUUGUUUUCACUAGCGUGGAGUAGCGAUUCUCCGAUUGGUUAAUUCACGAUUGUUGUGAGAACUGCACAUUUCAUCAGUAAUUUUAAUCAAGUUAACCGUCGUUUCACUGUAGUAAUUUUAUAAAACAAUUACCAAAUGGUUUUCACGUGCAGGAUAGCAUGAUCCAUGCACUUGGGAUGUUGCUCGACUUUCGGAAAGCGUAAAAAUACACUCGCCUACGGCUCGUGUAUUUUUACGCUUUCCGAAAGUUUCGCAACAUCCCGCGUGCAUGAAUCACGCAAUCCUGCACGGAAAACCAUUCGGUAUUCCUUUAAUAUUUUAAAACAAUGGUAUAUGUGUUUUUGCUUAACUAGAUUUGCUCCUUCGCUUGUUGUCCCCUACUUUCGCCGUGCUAUUUGCCACCCAAGAAAUGGCGGAUCAGGCCUGGCGUAAGAAAGCCUUUUUAAAGAAAACAUUCAAAUGAAACAAUGUAGAUUAAACUACAGGAACUCACCGAAGCUAGAAUGAAAGGAUGCAUAAUUAUCCAUUCCAAAAUUGCAAUAAUAAGAAUUUUUUGUUGUCAGGGCCAUUAUGACUCAAUGGAUGAAGGUAUUAUAGAUUUCAGUGGUUGUGUAUCGAUAAUGACGAGAGCUGAUGACGUCAUCAAUGUAGCAGGUCAUCGUUUGUCGACUAAAGCUAUUGAAGAGGUAUAAUUUA